GUGACGACAAACGUGUGCGCCUCAUGAACACAAAUACCACGACUUGAUUCUUGACAGAGGCCGCCCAUGUAUAGCACAGGAGUAUGUUAGUUAGUGGUUUGUUGUGCAUUGCAUGAUAUGAAAUGUAUGUAUAAUAAGUCACUUUAUAUUAGUUUAGCCUGCAGUAGCUUAUAUGACAGUUUUUACAGCUUAACUACUCGGUUUGCUAGCGUGUUGUGCAGGUAACUUCUCUCACAGAGGACAUCAUGGCUUACACGCAGAUACUGAAAUCCCUGCACCGGAAUCUACAGCAAUGCAAACUCACACAUGUCAGGUUGCUCAUCCACACGCAGAGGACGGCGUCAACAGUAGCCAGACUGAGCUUCCUCAGGAGAGACGAGGCUCCUUCCUCUGCGGUCCCAGUGCUGAGCUGCUUCAUCCAGUCACAGACACAGACACGGACACGGAGAGGUGUGUGGCUCGACUCUGCGGUUAGAAACCAGAGCAAGCCCGAAGACAGAGACAGAUCUGUCUCCAGGUACCAGAGUGGGAGCCCGAAGCCUUCAGCUACACAGAAAGUGAAAGAAGCUGGCAGAGACUUCACCUACUUGAUAGUUGUACUGAUUGGACUUGGAGUGACGGGCGGGCUGUUAUAUGUGGUGUUCCAGGAGCUGUUUUCUUCCUCAAGUCCAAAUAAAGUCUACGGGAAAGCCUUCAACAUACUCAGGUUAGACCCAGAGGUGAUUGGUGCAUUUGGGGAGCCGAUCAAGUGUUAUGGGGAGACUACCCGUCGAGGAAGGAGGCAGCAAGUCAGCCAUCAUGAGUACCUGAAGGACGGACUGAAGUAUAUGAGACUUAAGUUUUACAUUGAAGGCUCUGAGCCAGGUCUCAAAGGAACUGUACACUCGGAGUCAAAAGAGAAUCCUGAAACUGGAAAAUAUGAGUUUCGUUACAUAUUUGUGGAAGUAGACACCUACCCAAGACGAACCAUCAUUGUGGAAGAUAACCGAUAAGAAAGAGAAUGGACUCAGAAACUGUCGCUUCACUGAAAAAGCAUCAUGAAAAUGUAAAGAAUGUGUUUGUGUUAUUGGACAAAUUGCUGGAGAUUUACUGAUUUACUAAUAUUAAAAGCUGAUAUGUUAAACAUCAACAAUUCGGGCUUAGUUUAACUUUGCCAUAACAAUGGAGCAUUUGGUGAAGCGCUUUGCACAAAGAAAGAUCAUCGGCUCUUAUGUGUUAUUGUUUUAUAAAUAAUACACGUUCUACAAAUCUGGGUUUUUUUUUACUAAGAGACUGCAGGAUGACGUGAAUUUUGAAAUAACCUGUAAUCAAAGAUGCUUUUAGAUUGUAAUAAAAAAUGUUUGUUAUAUGUGUAAA